GCUUUCUGCUGAUACCCUGGGCUGGACCUGGAUCUAGAGUGGUCGGGUGUGCGGAGGGGUCUUCACGGGCAGCAGGAUGGAGCUGCCCCUCCACUCACUGCAGCCGGGUGGCCAGCCACUGUUUGCUGCUAGAAUUUAGAAGGGGCGGUAGAGGGAGGCUGGCUGGGGUCCUGUGGAGAGGUGGGCAAGGUGACUUUUAGAUCUUCCUGCAGAACUGGCUAGUGCUCCUCAGGGAGCUUAAAGAGAUGGUUUCUUAUUUCCCGCUCCGUCCUGCAUAUGAUUUAUUGCAUCAAGAAACCCCUGGGCCUGCGGAGAGAAGGCUGGGGCUGCCGGCCUGGAGGGCUCCACCUUCCGCAGGGGCAAGGGCAGCUGGCGUGUUUUCCCAGCCUCCCACCAGUAACCCUUGCCCUCAAAGCCUUGGGCUUGGAGGGGGUGUGUCCUGCCAUGAGCCGCCCCUUCCAGGUUGGGCCUGGAGGGUCCUGGUGUCUGGCCUCCCAAGUGGCCUGACCCGCUCCCUCCAGCUCCCUCCGUGGAGUUUGUAUUCCAGUCGGGAGAUGCUCUGAUGGUUCUGGAGGGACUCGGGUCCCUGGCACUGGGUGGUAUACCAAUGGGGAUCCCAAUGGGGAAGUCGAUGCUGGUGCUUCUCACCUUCUUGGCCUUCGCCUCGUGCUGCAUUGCUGCUUACCGCCCCAGUGAGACCCUGUGUGGCGGGGAGCUGGUGGAUACCCUCCAGUUUGUCUGUGGGGACCGCGGCUUUUACUUCAGUCUUCCAGGCAGGCCCGCAAGCCGUGUGAACCGCCGCAGCCGUGGCAUCGUCGAGGAGUGCUGCUUUCGCAGCUGUGACCUGGCCCUCCUGGAGACCUACUGUGCCACCCCCGCCAAGUCCGAGAGGGACGUGUCUACCUCUACGACCGUGCUUCCGGGCAACUUCCCCAGAUACCCCGUGGGCAAGUUUUUCCAAUAUGACACCUGGAGACAGUCCGCCCAACGCCUGCGCAGAGGCCUGCCUGCCCUCCUGCGUGCCCGCCGGGGUCGCAUGCUAGCCAAGGAGCUGGAAGCGUUCAGAGAGGCCAAGCGUCACCGUCCCCUGAUCGCCAUGUCCUCCAAAGAUCCGGCCCACGGGGGUGCCUCUUCGGAGAUGUCCAGCAAUCAGAAGUGAGCCAAAUUGUUGUAAUUCUGCAGUGUGUACCAUCAGCUCUGUGACCUCCUCUUGACCAGGGACAUUUCCAUCACGUCCCACCAUUCAGAUCUCUCUGUUCCAUUUCUGCCCUAGGGUUUCUCCCACCCAGCCCCCAUGCCCCGCCUCCCCACAUCAGGCGACUCCUCAGCCCCCCUCCACCGGGCUGAGGGAAUGACACCACCUUCAAAAAACAAAACCAAUUGGCUUUAAACAUCUUCCACGGAGACCCUUCCCCCAAAUUAUACAUCCACAACUAAAAGUUGAAAAUUUAAACCCCUAAAUUGUUAUCUCACAUACACUAUAUAGCCCCACUUAAAAUUCAAUUGACUUGUUCAAAAACAUCAAAAACACUAAUUCCCUUUUUUUAAAAAACUACUAAAAACUACUAAAAAAAAAUCAAUUGGCUAAAAAAAAAACUAAAAAAUUAAUUGGCUUAGAAACAAUUGGCAAAAUAAAGGAAUUUGGCACGCCCCCCCCCCCUUCCUUCUCUUCC